CGUUAGCGAGGGUGCUGAAUUCCUUCAAAUGUACCACCCGAUAUAUGUGCUGAAUGAGUGUUUGCAACUGACGAAAGUACAACCAACAGAAACAGUUGUGACAAUUAUCAUUAUUUUGCAAAAUUGCUCUCAAAAGAGGAAGAAAUUGAGAAGCAAUUACGACUUAUUCGGCAAAACAGUACACCGAGAAAUGCGAAGGAAGGCUCCAAAGGAACCGGGUUGAGGAGGAGAGCUAAGCCCUGGCCAAGAGGGGUCAGUUUCAAACAGAACAGGACAUGGCAGCAGGAGUACGAUCAAUAUAAGCUUAUGGUGUGGAUAUACAGUGACUCCCAGCUCAGACCGAUAGUUCAAGGAAGACCAGUAUAUUUGGACGGUCAUCUUCAGUUCGGCAUUAACUGCACGCCCGGUGGAACCUGUUGGCACGUGCAGCAAGAACUCCUGUCCUUUGUUCCUGAUCACGACCCGGAUGUCGUUGUGUUGGCUGUAGGGACAAACAACAUUCAUAAUAAGAAACACAGGGGUCACCUCGAGAGGGCGCUGUCUGGAGAUUGUGAGAUGUUUAGAAGUCUCAUCCGAUCAGCAGUACAAAGGUACCCAAGUGCAGAGAUCGUUGCCACAAGCAUCCUACCUCGUCUGGACUCAUUUGGAGGCUAUGUUGGUCUCUACAACAGCGGCUUUGCCUUGAUAUGUGAAGCAGAAGGUGUAACAUGGAUCGACAUGACGUCUGAUUUUCCAGAAGAUACAACUUUCCUGUGGGCACAAGACGGUCUGCACCUCAGUGAAUGUACAGGUCUACCUCUCUAUAUUCAGAUACUCAAUGAUGAGCUUCAUAGAGUGUUGUUUGAGAGUAAGCUAGAAAUUUGAAUCCAGGUUUCAUGGCAGUUGUAACAUCAAACUUAGCGUUGAACAUUAACCGUAACCUUGAUAAUUAUCCUAUGUUCGAGAUUCAAGUAGAUCUUCCUAACAUU